AUGGCAUCCUACGAUCAUUCAAGAGUAACGCAGUUUAUCGGCGGUAAUACCCUCGACAAGGCACCGUCUGGAUCUGUAACCGACUUCGUCAAAAGCCAUGGCGGUCACACUGUCAUCACGAAGGUUCUCAUUGCAAACAACGGUAUCGCUGCCGUUAAAGAAAUUCGUUCAAUUCGGCAAUGGAGCUACGAGACCUUUGGGACGGAGCGUGCAGUCGAGUUCACCGUCAUGGCGACGCCAGAAGAUCUGAAGGUCAACGCAGAGUACAUCCGCAUGGCCGAUCGGUACGUCGAGGUCCCUGGCGGGUCCAACAACAACAACUACGCCAACGUCGACCUGAUCGUCGACGUCGCUGAGCGCUCCGGGGUACAUGCCGUCUGGGCGGGCUGGGGACAUGCGUCGGAGAACCCACGUCUGCCCGAGUCGUUGGCUGCGAACAGGAUUGUCUUCAUUGGUCCUCCAGGUAGUGCUAUGCGCAGCUUGGGCGACAAAAUCUCCAGCACGAUCGUUGCGCAGAGCGCGAAUGUGCCAACGAUGGCGUGGUCCGGGUCCGGGAUCUCAGAGACAGCGAAAUCGGAGCAGGGCUUCGUGAUUGUGCCAGACGAGGUGUACAAGAAGGCAUGCGUGACGACCGUAGAGGAAGGUCUGACGAAGGCGGAGGAGAUUGGUUUCCCUGUGAUGAUCAAGGCUAGCGAAGGUGGAGGCGGGAAGGGUAUUCGGAAAGUGGAUGCUCCGGAACAGUUCACGAAUGCGUUCAAUGCAGUUGGGGGCGAGAUUCCAGGUUCCCCUAUCUUCAUCAUGAAGCUCGCUGGUCAGGCCCGUCACCUCGAAGUGCAGUUGUUGGCCGAUCAAUAUGGCAAUGCUAUCUCUCUGUUUGGCCGUGACUGCUCGGUACAGCGGCGGCACCAGAAGAUUAUUGAGGAAGCGCCUGUAACCAUCGCAAAGCAGGAUACGUUCGAGCAGAUGGAACGUGCCGCGGUACGACUUGCGAAGCUCGUCGGGUACGUAAGUGCAGGAACAGUAGAAUACCUCUACAGCCAUGCCGAUGACGUGUUCCACUUUUUGGAGCUGAACCCGCGUCUUCAGGUCGAGCACCCAACGACAGAGAUGGUCUCUGGCGUCAACCUGCCUGCCGCCCAACUCCAGGUCGCCAUGGGCAUUCCCCUGCAUCGUAUCAGACACAUCCGGCAGCUCUAUGGCGUUGCGCCCAACGGCACCUCUGAGAUUGACUUCGAUAUGGUCGACCCCGAUGCAAGCAGUUUGCAGCGCAAGCCCCGCCCCAAGGGGCAUGUAGUUGCUGUCCGGAUCACAGCCGAGAACCCCGAUGCAGGGUUCAAGCCGUCCUCGGGUUCGCUGCAGGAGCUCAAUUUCCGUUCGAGCACGAACGUAUGGGGCUACUUCUCCGUGGGCUCUGCCGGUGGACUGCACGAGUUCGCAGACUCGCAAUUCGGACACAUAUUCGCGUACGGAGAGGACCGUGGCGAGAGCAGGAAGAAUAUGGUGGUCGCGCUGAAGGAGCUGAGCAUCCGUGGUGACUUCCGCACGACGGUUGAGUACCUGAUCAAGCUCCUCGAGUUGCAAGCAUUCGAGGAGAACACUAUCACGACUGGCUGGCUCGAUUCCCUCAUCAGUGACAAGCUGACUGCCGAGCGACCAGACGCAACGCUCGCCGUCAUCUGUGGUGCCGUCACGAAAGCACACCUGGCAUCGGAAGCAUCCUGGGCGGAGUACAAGCGCAUUCUGGACAAGGGCCAGGCCCCGUCGCGGGACGUGCUGAAGACCGUCUUUGGCAUCGACUUUAUUUACGAUAAUGUUCGUUACUCGUUCACCGCUACGCGCUCGUCUUUGACCACCUGGACACUCUACCUGAAUGGCGGUCGCACUCUCGUGGGGGCGCGUCCUCUUGCGGAUGGAGGUCUGCUCGUGCUGCUUGACGGCAAGAGCCACUCCGUCUACUGGAGAGAGGAAGUUGGCGCGCUGCGUGUGAUGGUUGACUCGAAGACAUGUCUGAUUGAGCAGGAGAACGACCCCACACAGCUGCGCAGCCCGAGCCCGGGCAAGCUCGUUCGUUUCCUCGUAGAAAGCGGAGAUCACAUCAACGCGGGAGAGCAGUACGCCGAAAUUGAGGUCAUGAAGAUGUACAUGCCUCUCGUCGCUGCGGAAGACGGUAUCGUGCAAUUCGUCAAGCAGCCGGGCGUCAGCCUGGAGCCUGGCGACAUCCUUGGUAUCCUCGCACUCGACGACCCCGCCCGCGUGAAGCACGCGAAGCCUUUCGAGGGGCUGUUACCGGCUAUGGGCCCGCCGAGCGUUAUCGGGAACAAGCCUCACCAGCGCAUGUUGUACUACCUCAGCAUCCUCAACGAUACUCUUGACGGCUUCGACAACCAGGCCAUCAUCGCUUCCACGUUCAAGGACCUGAUCUCCGUACUGGAAACUCAUGAGUUGCCAUUCUCAGAGGUGUCGGCGAUCUUGUCGGCGCUCUCCGGCCGUAUGCCGGCCAAGCUCGAGGAGAGCGUCCGCUCCACCAUCGAGUCUGCACGAGGCAAGGCAGCGUCGACGCCUGAAUUCCCUGCUGCGCGCAUCAAGAAGCUCCUUGAGCACUUCAUGGAAGACAACGUCCGCCCGCAGGACAGGCCGAUGUUGAGGACGCAGCUCGGGGCCUUGUUCGAUGCCGUCACCCGCUAUGCAAACGGCCUCAAGGCGCAUGAGGUUGAGGUCAUCGCUAGCCUGCUGGCUCGGUACGAACAGACGGAGAGCCUCUUCGGAGGGAGCAUCGAAGCACGCGUGCUCAGCCUGCGCGAUCAGUACAAGGAAGACCUCGAUAAAGCUGCGUCUCUCGUACUGAGCCAUAUGAUGGCGCAGAGGAAGGGCAGACUUGUCAUGAUGAUCCUGGAUCACGUCAAGAACAGCGGCGCCACGGUGUCGGAUCCCGAAAGCAAGCUGUACCAGGUCUUGCAAGGACUCGCGUCGCUGGAAGCCCGGUCGUCUACUCAUGUGGCGCUGAAGGCUCGUGAGGUGCUCAUUGCAUGUCAGAUGCCCUCGUAUGAGGAGCGUAAGGGGCAGAUGAUGGGUGUUCUCAGGUCUUCCGUCUCGCACAGCUUUUACGUCGAGCAGGAAGCCCAGGGAAGUGUUCCUUCAAUCGAGGUGAUCAAGGAGCUAAUCGAUUCCCGGUAUACCGUCUAUGACGUAUUACCGACGUUCUUCAACUUCCACGAUAAAUCGAUCACGUUCGCUGCAAUGGAGGUGUACAUCAGGCGUGCAUAUCGUGCAUACAGUCUGCUAUCUGUUGACUACGCGGAAGGCGACGGUCUCGAUGACGGCGACGCCCCACACAUCGUGACAUGGCGUUUCAACCUCCCCCAGUCUCAUUCACCACCUGCGACGCCUAGCCUCAGUAACAACGCCGCCCGCCGACAGGGAUCCGUGAGCGACCUCACAUACAUGAUCAACAAACACCAGAAGCAGCCGUUGCGAACCGGUGCUAUUGCCUCAUUCCCGAACUUGGCCGCACUGUCUCGCGGAUUCGACAGAGUCGCGGCUACCCUGCCUGCCUUCGACGCUGAAGAGUUUACUCAACGUUACGGAUCCAACAACCAGCCACCAAACGUGCUCAAUUUGGCGCUGCGUAUAUUCGACGAAGUGGAUGACAUGACGGAGGAUGUCUGGUACCAGAAGAUUCAUCAAUUAGUCAACGAGCGCAGUGGCGUCCUUGCUCAGCGUGGUGUCCGUCGGAUUUCCAUCAUGCUCUGCAAGCCAGGCCUAUACCCACAGUACUUUACUCUGCGCAACAUGGGCCAGUCCUGGGACGAAGAACAGGCCAUCCGAAACAUCGAGCCUGCCCUCGCAUAUCAGCUGGAGUUGAGCCGGCUGUCACACUAUCACCUCACUCCAUGCUUCACCGAGAACAAGCAGCUCCACAUCUAUCACGCUGUAGCUCACGAGAACCAACUGGAUAGCAGGUUCUUCAUUCGUGCUCUUGUGAGACCCGGGCGUAUCAGGGGCGAGAUGAACACGGCGAAAUACCUCAUUUCGGAGACGGAUCGCCUUGUCACGAGCAUCUUGGAUAAUCUGGAGGUGGUAUCCGCUCAGCACAGGAACGCCGACGUGAAUCACAUCUUCAUGAACUUCAUCUACAACCUUCCCGUUACGUACGAUGACGUUCUGCAAGCCAUCGCAGGCUUCAUCGAGCGACACGGCAAACGCCUCUGGCGACUCCAUGUAACCAGUUCGGAAAUUCGCAUUGUUCUCGAAGAUAGCGAAGGCAACGUUACUCCUAUCCGCUGCAUCAUAGAGAACGUUUCAGGAUUCAUCGUCAACUAUCACGGCUACCAGGAGAUCACCACCGACAAGGGUACCACUAUCCUGAAGUCAAUCGGCGACAAGGGCCCUCUCCACCUGCAGCCGGUACACCAGCCUUACCCAACGAAAGAAUCCUUGCAGCCAAAGCGAUACCAGGCUCACCUCAUCGGUACCACUUACGUGUACGACUUCCCUGACCUCUUCUCCAAGGCUCUGAGCAACGUCUGGGUCAAGGCUCGCGCUAUCAACUCCUCUUUGUCGUUGCCGAAGAAGAUUCUCGAGUCUAGGGAAUUAGUCCUUGACGAGAACGACCAGCUCCAGGAAGUCGAUAGGGCUCCUGGCAACAACAACUGCGGUAUGGUGGGAUGGGUGUUCACGAUGCGUACUCCCGAAUGCCCUGAUGGGCGACGUGCAGUUGUCAUUGCGAACGACAUCACGUUUAAGAUAGGAUCUUUCGGUCCUCAGGAAGACCAGUUCUUCUACCUAGCCUCGCGGUACGCGCGAGAGCAGGGUCUUCCCCGUAUCUACCUCUCAGCGAACUCGGGCGCUCGCAUUGGUCUUGCUGAGGAGGUCUUGGGCCUUUUCUCGUGUGCGUGGAACGACCCUGGGAACCCCGAGAAAGGUGUCGAGUACCUAUAUCUCACACACGAGAACUACCUCAAGCUGCAAGAGAAGGCCGCUAACACUGUGCGUACUGUCGACAUCGAAGAGGACGGAGAAGUGCGUCACAAGAUCACGGACAUCAUUGGUCUGCAGGACGGUCUUGGUGUGGAGUGUCUCAAAGGCUCGGGUCUCAUCGCUGGUGAGACGUCCCGCGCGUACGACGACAUCUUCACGAUCACGCUCGUCACCGCGCGUUCCGUCGGAAUCGGCGCCUACCUCGUUCGUCUCGGUGAACGUGCGGUUCAAGUGGAAGGCCAACCCAUCAUUCUCACCGGUGCACCCGCACUCAACAAGGUCCUCGGGCGUGAAGUCUACACGUCCAACCUGCAGCUCGGUGGUACCCAAAUUAUGUACAAGAAUGGUGUCUCUCACCUCACUGCCGGCAGCGACCUUGAGGGUGCAACGCACAUCCUCGAGUGGCUGUCAUACGUACCUGAAGUUAAGGGCGCGCGGCUCCCUAUUCUGGAUCUUGCUGACCCUUGGGACCGCGACAUCAGCUACAGUCCGCCGAAGGGACCGUACGAUCCCAGAUGGUUCAUUGAGGGCAAGGCAGAUGAGACUACGUCGGAGUGGAUGUCCGGAUUCUUUGACAAGAGCUCGUUCCAAGAAACACUUAGUGGCUGGGCGCAGACCGUUGUCAUCGGCCGUGCACGACUCGGAGGGAUUCCUAUGGGCGUCAUUGCCGUCGAGACACGCACGAUCGAGCGUGUCGUUCCCGCCGAUCCUGCGAACCCGACUUCGUUCGAGCAACGUAUCAUGGAAGCAGGGCAGGUGUGGUAUCCAAAUUCAGCGUACAAGACCGCGCAGGCUAUUUUCGACUUCAACCGGGAAGGUCUACCACUUAUCAUCUUCGCGAAUUGGCGAGGGUUCUCCGGUGGGCAGCAGGAUAUGUACGAUGAAAUUCUCAAGCAGGGAAGCAAAAUUGUCGACGGUCUAUCGAGCUACCGCCAGCCAGUGUUUGUGUACAUCGUGCCGAAUGGCGAACUGCGUGGCGGAGCGUGGGUCGUACUCGAUCCGUCAAUCAACUCCCAGCAGAUGGAAAUGUACGCGGAUGUCGAUGCACGAGCGGGUGUACUGGAGCCGGAGGGUAUUGUCGAGAUCAAGAUGCGUCGUGACAAGAUCCUCAAGUUGAUGGAGCGUCUUGAUGCGACGUAUGCCGAGCUGAAGAGAGAUAGCACGGACCCGUCGAAGACUGCAGACGAGCGCGCUGCGGCAGCGGAGGCAUUAUCACAGAAGGAGACACUUCUCAUGCCGACGUACAAGCAGAUUGCGCUGCUAUAUGCUGACCUGCAUGACCGAGUCGGCCGCAUGGAAGCUAAGGGCUGCGCGUCACCCAUGGUCUGGAAGGACGCCCGUCGACGCUUCUACUGGUCUGUACGCGCGAAGGUCGCAUGGUCGAGCGCCAUGGCUCAGCUUGCGGAAGCUAGCCCUGAUUCGUCUAUCGAGUACCGCACACAGUUGCUCCAAAGGCUAAUAGGGCUGGAGGAUGUGACGGACCGCCGUACGACCGCUGAAGCGCUCGAAGCAUUGGAUCUGACAGCGACUGUUGCUCAGCUGAGAGCUGAUCAUCUCAUGCGUCGCGUGUUAACACUCGCACACGAAGACCGCAAAGCCACCCUCGACGGGUUGGUACGGCUGGUGGACAACCUAGCGGACGAUGAAAAGGCGACGCUGAUUAGUGCGCUACAGAAUUCGGGGCGGUCACCUGGCCCGCCGUCGUAUUCGAAUGUCACUGCAUCUACAUAGAUACGAUCUAAUGCCCCCUGAAUGACAUGUGCUGUUGGAUUACCGUGU